AUGGGGAUCAAGUACAGCUAUGAGAUACACGAUCCUUCCAAGGCUGUGAAGGCAAAGAUCGACAAUGCAAAGGUGAGCUUCAAGAAGACCAGAGAGGCGUCCUGCACCCUGAGAAGGAGGAAGGUACUCGAUGCAAUCCAGUACUUGAAGAAUGUAAUUGCCAAGACCGAGUGUGUUCCCUUCAGAAGGUACAACCGUGGAUGCGGGCAGACGCACCAGGCAAGGAAGUUCAGCAUUCCAAGGAGGGAGAUUGUGAAGGCUAACGGAGAGAAGAAGAUUAAGAAGGGGCAUGUGCAGACAAGGGGAAGAUGGCCCAAGAAGUCUGCAGAGUUCCUGAUUUCUGUCCUUGAGAACAUCAAGGAGAAUGCGGAGACUAAGGGCUUGGAUCCCAAGGACUUGGUGAUAACACAUGUCCAAGUCAGCAAGGCGCCAAAGAUCUUCGGCAGGACUUUCCGAGCACACGGAAGAGUGAACCCAUUCAACAAAAGCCCAUGCCAUAUCCAGAUGGUUGCUGAAGUACUGGGGAGCAAUGAUGUCAGCAUUGAGGACUAG